CCACCACUUCCACCAGCUCGUCGUCCGGGUGCCCCCCGUCCCAUCCGUGCAGAAGCCAAUCUGCACCCCGGAAAUUUCCCGAGCCGAAAUCGCAACAGGAAGGGGAGGGAGCACGCGAGCGCAAAACCCUAGCCCCGCUGCUCCGCCGGAUUCACCUCCUCCUUCCUCCUCCCUCGCGCGCCGCUCCUCUCCGCGGCGUCCGCGGCUCUCCCUCCCCGCUCCGAGGAGCGCAAGGCCUCCCGCCGCGCCGGCCGCCGUCCGCCACCGCCGGGUCGCCGCCAGCCAUGUCUUCUCAGGUCGAUAGCCGCAGCCAAUCCGCUGGGAAGCGCGCGCGCACCGACGGCAGCCGGCGUGAGGACGACUGGGUUUGCCCCAGCUGCAAGAAUGUCAACUUCGCCUUCCGCACCACUUGCAACAUGCGCAACUGCAACCAGUCCAGGCCAGCAGAUCACACGGCCAUGCAAAAGCCUAUGCAGACUCCGCCCCACUACACCACAUCAGGGGGUUACAUGAGCCCAGGGACGCCUCCAUCGAUGUACCUUGGUGGGAGUGCUCCCCCGUAUGGCACCUCCAUGUUUAAUGGACCUGUAAUGCCGCCGCGCUAUGGCAUUCCUCAGUUCCCUGGGAGUUCGGCGUAUCCAUAUGGAUAUGGUGGUCGCAUACCGAUGGGGAGCCCCUAUGGGCCGAUGCAAAUGGCCGGGCCACCUCCAUAUUCUGGUGGAUCUAUGAUGGGAGCAGGUGGAAUCUAUGGAAUGCCCAUGGACAGAUAUGGCUUAAUUCCUCAUAGUCCUGGUGCAAUGGGCACAAGGGCUGGCUCAUAUUCUGAUGAAGGUUCCCAGAAGAAGCCUGCAGGAGCUGGGCGUGAUAAUGAUUGGGAGUGUCCAAAUUGCCACAACAUCAACUUCGCCUUUCGCACAGUCUGUAAUAUGAGAAAGUGCAACACACCAAGACCUGAAAACCAGGGAUCUAAGCCUGAUGGUUCAAGAGGCUCAAAACCAAAGAUGCCAGAGGGCAGUUGGAAGUGCGAGCAGUGCAAUAACAUAAACUAUCCGUUCAGAACAAAAUGCAAUCGUCCUCAAUGUGGAGCAGAGAAGCCACUGCAGACAAACAAUACAAAUGAUUCAGCAACAGAUCAGGACAAUCAGUGAGUCCUAGAACAGUAAUGGGGGUCAAGAAGGUUCAGCGUCAUCGUCAAGGUUCAGUCUGAAUGUGGGGUCCAUCUGUGUCAGUAGUCGCUGCUGUUGUUACAAGUUUCUUCCCCUUGAUACCUUAGCUGAGUCGGGGUCCUAAUGGUAAACACGUUGGAGUUGGCAAUGGAGUCUCGCCUUUUCUAAUCACUACAGAUUUUGGUCACGAACAUCCAUUUGUCAUGUGAAUUGGUCAUCUUGCCUUUCCUGGCUGAACGUGGUUACUUGUCUUUGUUACUGGUACUCUGGGUAAAUUGCCAUCUUCAUAUGAAAUUUCUCUUGUUGUCUGUCAUAGAUUGUCACUCCUCUGCUAUGAAUUAUCACUACUGUUCACCAUUUUUUUUGGUUUUGUUAAUGCUGUGUUUGUGGUCGUUUUUCUUUUCAAUUCAUGGUUUGGUAUUUUACAGGUGUUUUUUCUGAAUGGUUGGCGAUGGCAACCUUUUUUACCUUCCAAAAUAAUGUUAUUAGCGAUGUUAGCAACUUAGCAUGAUGAUCUACUAAGAUACUUAGGGGAGCACUUGGUAGUUAAUUCUGCUUGUAGUAACUGUUAGGUCUGAAACAAGUCAAUGGUCGACAUUUCAGUUGCAUGACUGCAUAUGUUACUGUUAUCAUCUUCCAUGUCCUCCGGGGAUUACCGCGUUCAAGUUUCACCAUUCUCAUGUGCUUGGUUAGAAGAAGUGCUGCUUGGUGAAAGUGAUGUGCAUCAUCACAUUGUGCGGUGGUAGACCAUCACCUUGCAUGCUUGUCUCGAUUGUGACUUUUUCACUGACACAGUGCCAUUGGAAUUAGUUUUUUUCAUGUAACAUUACGAAGCUUUUAUCAAAGCUGCGACUUCUGCAUGAAUCUCAAGACAACAGUGAGCAGACACAGAUGGAUCUUCCUGGUGAUGUGGCUGGAGCACCGAUGAGUUCUCACGUGUUGCGGAUGGCAGCACUCAGUGAGUUGCAGAACAGUCUUACAAACUGAUUUGCUACCGUUUCAUAUUGUGAAACAAAGGUGAGAAAUUUGCACCACGUGGAUAUGCUUCUAUAGUGAGCGUGGCAGCGCUAUAGGAAGUUCGAUAUGGUAAGCAUUAUGAUGGUCAGGGGCCAGUAUCUUGAUGUAAUCAUUUCAGUUUCUGUUUGGAGUGUCUUGUUUCCUUUUUAUCCUAUUAUUUAUUUAUUUAUUCUUUCUGCUGAA